UUACCGCCGUUGUUCACCCAGCGAGCAGCCAUUACUGUCGCCAUAUUAUGUCGAGGAUUUUAUGGUAUUGAAGAUUUUUUCUGCAAAUAUACCGAAGUAGAUGUCUUAGGACAUUUUUUUAUUCUGUGUUCGUCGUGCAAAACCAUGGCGUGACAAUGAGUCACUCAACUCCAUCAGGGAACGGCUGUUCACUUGAGGAUUGUUACACAAAUUUAUUUUCACUCACGGAGAUUCGUGGAAUAAAAUGGAGAAGACUGUCGGCUAAUCCAGAAUACACAACUGUUGACCAGUUGGAGGACCCAGUGUUGGUGUCCUAUUCUAAAUGCAUUAAAGCUGACAUUUUGUCGGUAUGGAGGAGGGUUCCACGGAGUUCAGAUCAACCAAGAUACACUACUGACCAACUGGCUUACAACAAGGAACUGUGGAUAUUUUGGUAUGGGGAUGAGCCUGAAAACUUGAACCGUUUGCUGUCAGAAGAUUUGAAAGAGGAAGCUAGUGGUGGAUGGGACAAGGGGGAAUGUGGAAUAUCCUAUGAAUGCAGAACUCUCAUUUUUAAAGCUCUUCAUAACCUCAUUGAAAAAUGCCUUCUUCAUAGAGGAUUUGUGAGAAUCGGGAAAUGGUUUGUCCAACCUCAUGAUGUUAAUCUUAGUGGACCAGAAAGGAGUACACACUUAUCCUUCUGUUUCAACUUCUUCCUACAUGGAGAGAGUUCUGUGUGUGCAAGUAUAGAAGUGAAGCAGCACCCCCCUGUUUGGCGAUUGACAAAUAAUCACCUAUCAUUGGCACAGGAAAACCCAGCAUGUUUACAAGUAAUACUGGUGCCAUAUGGGUUGUGUGGUUCCUUGACGGGGAAUACAUACAGGGAGACCGACCAGUCAUCUAGUAAGAUAAUGGAAGAAUGGAGCCAGUUUUAUCCUAUUGAUAAAAGUGAUGGAAUUGAUGUUGGUAAAAUGCCACCACUGGUAGAGGUCAUUGUUGCUGGUGUAAGGAUGAAGUACCCAUCCUGUUUUGUAUUACUCUCUGAAAUGGAAGAUGCUCCAACGCGUGCACCAAAUCCGAGUAUCCAUCGUCCAAGUGUGGCCCCAGGAGGCUUAUUAACUCCACCUACCUCACCAGCAGCUGCUGUUCUUAUCCCAGGGACUGAUGCUGGGGGAAAGAUCCAGUGUGCACCAUACACUGGAGCUCACACGGAUGUCAACGCAGAUCUAAUGGCUAAGUCAGCCAAAGCAUUUAGCGCCAGAGUCACAGAAAAGGUUACUCAAGAUAGUCUCAUUACUGCAGGCAUUGCAAAAAGGUCCAUGGAAACUAUCAGUGAUGAGGCAGCAGUGGGGGUUUGGAAUUUCAACGAUCCUUCUGUCAAAACAACUUGUAAUUGUGCUAGACACAGAGGUUCUAAAAACAAACUCAGCCAACAAAUAAAGAAUAGCAUACCUCCUGUUGGGAAGAAGGGAGAAAAACCUGAUAAACUUGAGCGCCAGCAAUCACGUCUGUCAAGAGGUGCUGUUCCAUUCCAUCGUCGGCACUUGAUGGGGGAGGAUGCAGCACAAAAUGACGUGCCGUUAGUCCUGUCUGGGCCAGUUCCCUCAUUCAAUUCUCCACCAGGGAAUGCUUUACUUCCACAACUAAACAAUUCUUCUGAAACAAAUGGGGGUGCAACUGCAAGUGUAGAAGCUUCACCAGCAGAGAUGUCUCCUCUUAAUGGACCUCAGUCCCCACCAGACCCUACCAUGCCCAAACUAAGUCCUCAUCCACCUAUAGAUGCAGGAACUGAGAAUAAGACCAUCAAAACAUCAGCUGAAGCUCCACUACAAAAUAAUACUCCAAGUGAGUUUCUUAAACCUGCCAAUGCAUCUACACCAAAAGUGGCAGAAAAUAUUCCAUCGCCUCUGUCGUGGCCCGGGCAACAGAGCGAGGCUAAGACAGCCAGUAUUAACAACUGGAUCAAGUCCUCUCAGCCCCAGCCGGAGGUGCUGGGUAUAAAGCGACCAAUACUACCAUCCAAAGAUACUGAUGAGGAUGAACUAGUCACAAAAUCUCUCUAUGAUUAUCAUUUAAUUCACUCCUGGUCGGAAUACCCAAUCAAGAGAGCUCGUGUGGAGAGGUCAAGUUCUAUUGUGGAGGUUGGGCCAGAAUCCCCAAGUCUUCCAAUGAAUUAUAUAUCACAAAAACAUAAAGUAAAACAGCCAGACCCCUAUGAUUUCAAUGAUGAUGAGCAAUCUAUCAAUCCAGCCACCGUAUCAAAACGAAUGUUCCGCUCAAGUCGAGAUGACUUCCUCAAUAAGAGAAUGGAUGACGACAUGAAGAUGGUGGAUUUUGGAGAUCCCUUUUCAGUUGAAAUACCAGACUCUACAUCAUCUCCACCAGAAACUCCUAGUGCACCCAGAAAUCUGAUUCACACGAGUGAUCUAAAGCCAAGCUAUGAUGAUCUAGCUCACAUCUUUGAUUCUGAUGAUUCAGAUAGAGAUGAUGGUUUUGGUGACCAUGGCCAAAUGGUGGACAAAUUAGAUGAUGGUACCACUAAGUUCAUAAUGGGCAAUGCAAUGACAGUUACGGAUGGAGCAAUAUCUGUCUCAGAACUUUCUAAAAUGUAUCCCACACCUCCUUCAAACAAUGCCUCUUCUGACAGAUCCCCAGGACCCCAUGAUAUCAUGGACAACCAUAUCCCAGAGAAACCAGUCAUCAAGACCGAAUUUAUUCCCACUAUAAAGGAAGAUUUCUUCAGGGAUUUGCCUGCUGUGUACAAGUCUGCAGAACAAGCGGACUUUCUCAGCUCUGAUAAAUACUCACCAAUAGCACUACAGAGCAGCAAGAUGUCUCCUGUCACUCGCCCACCAGAGUACAAGGCAUCCUGGCAGUUUUCUAAUUUUGAGAAACCUAUGCCUCAAAGCAAUUAUACAAAUAUACCGUCCAUAGAAAACAUACCGAGCAUGUCAUCACGAAUGCCAUCAAGUACAGUAGAAAAUUCACCCGCCACAUUCCUGAACAAUAGUGUUGGACAACAAAGGACUCCAAUGAGUAAUUAUAAUGAACUCCAGUCUCCAGCAUCAAAUGCAUCUUCAUAUCUCAACAAGACAUUGAAUUCUAUUGACAACCAAGGAACAAAUCAUCAAAUUCCGGAAGUUCACAGUCUCAUUGUAAAUGUUUUCUUGAUGGAUUCUAGGUUGAAUUUGUUCCGUGAUGUGAAUUUUGACAGUUGCAAUAUCUGUGUGUGUAACAUGAACAUUAAGGGUGCAGACACAGAAAUAUAUCUACCGGAUUCAUCGGGGGAAUCUGCCACUCGCUGUGUAUGUGGAUUUAGUGCUAUUGUGAAUAGACGAUUUGGGCAUAAUUCUGGGUUAUUUUAUGAGGAUGAAGUGGAUAUUACGGGUAUAAGAAAUGAUAGAUAUGAAGGACGGAAACCCAGUUUGUUGGCCGUUGAGUAUCAGAAAGACAAUGGCAAACUGUCCGAGUAUUCAGACUGGCCCCACGAGAUUCUAAAUCUACUUAUCAGCCAGUUCUCCAUUCCUUAUCCUUCAGCUUCUACAAUACAACAUAUACUUAGACUCAGCAUGAUGAACACUACAUCCGGGUAUGCAGAAGCUGCUUCUUCUCUGUUGGAUAUUUUACAGCUUCAAGAUGGCAAUGAUAUCACUUACAUGGCAUUGGAUCUCGGACGGCAGGCAAUGGAACAUUGUUCUCCAAACAAGCUUGAUGAUCCCAGUCUAAAGUCCACAUGCCUACACAAGUGGCAGUUUCUGCAAGGUGCUAGUCGAAUACCUCAAAAUUCUCAAGACUCUGUACAAGUCUUGAAAUCUCUUCAACCCAUUCUCCAAGAUGCCAUACAGAAUAAACGAAGUAUUCCUCUAUGGGAACAUAAAUACAAACUGUCAGGACCACUUACUUGGAAAGAAUUUCAUCAACUUGCUGGGAGAGGCUCUGACGAGAACUCGACCCCUCAGCCUAUUCCUUCCUUCCUAGCCGGGUUUGAUGGAGACUGGUUGUCCUUGUCCCCAUACUCUCUCAGGUUUUGGGAUAAACAGUUUUUGGAACCAUAUGGGAAACCUCGUGAUAUCGCUUACAUCGUCUUGGCUCCAGAUAAUGAUUAUAUCAUCAAUGCAAUUAUAUUAUUCUUCAAAGAAUUAAGUAAUGUAUAUGAACUGUCUCGCAUGGGAAGACAUUCACCAGUAUCUCUGAAGCUUCGGGAUGGAAUCAUGAGAGUGGGUAAAAAGAUAGCAGAAAAAUUCUCAGCCGAGGAACAUCCAGAUGACUGGUUUAAAUUCAUUGGGAACUCCAGUGUAGCAAGCAAGUUGCGCUUGUAUUCCCAAGUGUGCCGCUCCUUCUUAGCACCACUUUUGGCACAACAGAGUUUGGACCAGUCAGUAUUUGAACCAUUAUCAAAUAACAGACCCGGUUACAAACCAACUGAGAGCAAACCCGAUGUUAACCUUACUGAUCACAAUUCAUUCAGUAUGCCAGCCCCACAAACUCACAUGGCUGAAGACAAAGAAAACUUGGAGUCAUCUGCAAAUGCACGAGACAGCUUGUACUUGGAUUCUGAGCAGAGUACAAAUCAGGAUUGUCCAGCUUUAAUGGUGUAUUUAAUUGAUUCCUUCACUUACGGUUCUGACUGGGACCCCAGUGUUGAGAGACUUACCAAAGUUGGACUACUCAAGUGCUACCAUCAAUUGGUGAGAUCUCUACCUGAAAACCUUCAACAGAAUAUUAGUCUUCAGAUCAUUCCCCUCAGUACCAUUCUGGAGAGCACAGAGAAGGGCAGUAACAUGCACACUCUGCAGUCCAUAUCAUUCUCCGUUUUCUCCAUGUGUCGUUGGAAUCUCGCUCACACCAUCACUGGAAGACAUCUUACUGGAUUUGGACCUGCUGCAGCUGGAGAAAUUUUUCUCAGGAAAAAGGAGGCUGACAAGGCAGGUGGCAUUAAGCUGUACAGUCCACCCUUUGUGUUGGCCCCCACCAAGGACACCCAGACAAUACUGGCAGAAUCAUGUGGGGAAAAGCUUGAGAGAAGUUUUGUGCUUUUCUGUGCCUACUGUUUGUCAGAGGACCAGCGUUUUCUUCUAGCAGCGUGUACAGAUGAGCGAGGAGAAAUGAUGGAAACCUGCUCCAUUAAUAUAGAGAUUCCUAACAGGAGCAGAAGAAAGAAAGCAUCUGCUAGAAAAAUUGGGCUGCAGAAACUGUGGGACUUUUUGCUUGGAGUUGUGUCUCUGUCAUCUGGACCAUGUCGACUUGUUAUUGGUCGCUUUGGAAGGAUAGGUCAUGGAGAAAUGAAAGGGUGGUCUGGUUUAUUGAGCAAGAAGAACUUGGAACUGGCUGGCAAGAAGAUGAAGGAGAUGUGCAGUCAGUGUUCCCUUAAUAUUGGCAGCUGUGAUACCCCUGGCAUUCUCAGUGCCUGUUUAGUGUCCCUAGAAUCUCUCACCUCAUUUCAUAUUAUGGCUGAUGCUGUCAAGAUUGAGGAAAAAAUGAGCAGUAACUGCCCAUUACAGACCCCUCGUGAUGCUUCCACCACCCAUAUUCUUGUCUUUCCAACCUCCGCUAUUGCACAGGCUAACUCUCAUGCACCAGUGACAGAGAUGUCAGUAAACAUAGCUAUUGAGGACACCAUGCCGAUGGAUGAUCUAGUUGAUUCAGGGGAACAAGGAAACAAUCUGUACUCCAUUCUAGACCAGGAGUGUUUGUUGGAAGUAUUUGAUGAGAUCACCACGAAUUACCCAGAUCAGGGCAAUGCAUUGGGCAACAUAUCCAAUCCUGGCUCACCAACCGGAGAUUCAGUCCAACACAACACAUCUAGCAUGAAUGGACAGUUUCAGAAAAAUCCCCAAAGCACAGAUCCACAGGAUGAGAUGCCCAACCUCUUGAACCAGCCCCUUGCCCUGGGAUACUUCACCUCCACUGCCAGAGCAGGACCUUUGCCUCAUUGGUUCUGGUCUGGAGCCCCAGAAAAAGAAUUUCAGUGUCCUUCUUGCUUCAAGGCUGCACUCCAUAUCCACAGUUCCUCCAAACAUGAUGAAUUCUCGUACACUCAGCACAACAAGAAUUCUCAUCCUCUUGAUUCCACACUCACUCCUGAUGUAUUGAGAUAUGUUCUGGAAACUUACAAUGCUCUGUCCUGGUUGACCUUUGACCCUGUACAGAAUGAUCGCCAGUCAUGUUUGCCAAUCCAUUUCAUGGUGCUUAUGCAGAUGUAUCAUGCAUUAAAUGCAUUUGUAUGAUGUGAUAUUUUGAAAGAAACAAUGGUUACUUUUGGAAAACCGUUGAUGCAUUGGAUGCAAAUGUGAUAUUUUGGAACUGAAUGUGUUUACGCAAUGAAUUGUUUCUUCAUGUUAUUUACUUGUGUAACUUAUUAUUUCUAUGAUCAAAAAUUGAGCAAAAUGGUAUUGCAGUCAAAAAUCAAGACAACAGAUUCAAAAUAGUUUUUAAUUUAUUUUUUUAUCGGAAAGAGAAUCUUGGGACAGAAUUUACAGUGUACAGAAGUUCAAGAUUUAGAAUUCAGUGUGACAAAUUCUAAAACAAAAAUUAAAUUCCCUUUAGAAACAGUUGUUAAUGUGAAAAGGCAUUCAAAUUUGUAAUUUUCUCCACAGAGGCAUUGGAAUACUUCUUCAGAAUUCCAAUGUACACGCACAGUAUAGGAUUUUACACUUGUUUACCAAGCGAGGAGAAAAUCAUGCAUUGUUGAAGGAUUUUAAACAAUGUUAAUUCUGUGCAUCACCAUUUUUUUCCUAUAAAUAGCAUUCAUGCAUGACGUGAAAGUAAAGUGCCAAAGUUUAUCUUGCCAAAUAAGUGCAAAAUUCACAAAGGUCCUGCCAAAUUUUGAAAUUCAUUGGUUUUAUUUGAACAAAGCACUAAACUACUUAUUAUUUGUGAAAAGGUUCUAGAGGUAUUUCAAAUACUCAUUUCAUGAAAUAUGUGUAUAGACAUACAGUGUACAUUAGUUUGAGAGAUGCAAGGAUACAUUUUGAAAUUUUUCUGACAGAAUAAUUUAUCAUGCAUAGUAAUUUAUCUUGUAUUCAACACAACUUGAAAGUCUGUAAUUAACAAUUACAUGAAAUGUAAACUAAAAGGAAUUUUACUUCAGUGGCAGAUCUGUUUUGUUAUAUGUGUGUUUAGUACUGUAAAUCUGAAUCAUAUGAUAAGAUACUAUUAAUUUGUAUUUCAAGGAUAUAUCGCGGCUCAGUAGAAAAACAAUAAGCUUAUAAAAAUGAAACUGAUUUUUAUGAAUUUUUAGAUACAUUUCUUUUUAUACACAAAAUAUUGAAUGAUCUCAGAAAUGUUAUUUAACCAUUUUGAAAUGCUUUAAAUUCACCAUCAUGUUUUCCUUUUUUCAAUUUUGUCCUGAAAUUUUAAUGUAAUUUUUUUAACAGUGCUAUGAUAUUUAGAAUUUGCAAUUGUGAAAUACAUGAAAUAUAGGGAAUUGAAUGAAUAAUGUGCAAAGCAAAAGAAGCAUGCAAUGUUUUUAAUUAUUCCAUCAACCGUAAUGUGCAUCUCAAGAUACAAAGUCUUUCAUAGCAUUCUUGUACCUUAUUUAUGCACGUUAUGCAAUAUAAAAGAGCAUUGAUAUAACAUGAAUCUAAUUCAAUAUAAAUGUAACAAAAUUUCUCGAUUGGAUGAAUUUGUACAAUUUCAUUUUACAAGUGAUUGAUCUUUUAUUGAAAUGAGGAUUCAUUUUGAGAAUUACUAAAAUGUGCAGGCAUCAAAGAUGUCUCUUUAUCAUUCAUUUAAUAUGAAAAUAAAGCCAAUCUUCAUUGUCGUAAGAUUUUAGGGUAACUGUUCCCCAAACAAUAUGUAGAUCAUGACAUUUUUUUGUACAGAGAUUUUUUUGUACAGAUGUUUUACCAAAGUCUAAGAAAUGUUACUAUACAUAUGUACAUGUACAUUUUCAUCUCAUUGUUUGAUCGUUUUAUGUAUGAGAGGCAAUAUUUUUGGUGCAAAUGUUUCUGAGAGAAGUGUCUAAUGUAGGUUGUUACAGUAUUACUAGGACAAUGUACAGGUUUUCUACGUGCUGUUUUCUUUGUGAUGAGAUCACGCUUACUUCCAUAUCUCUGGGAUUAUUACUUACUUCAGAGAUCUUAUAUCUACCAUUGAGGUAUGGAAGUGAACCUGAUCUAUACAGGUCAUGUGACCCCAGUGUCUCCUGACCUUGUGAAUGUCUCCGCUUCAGGCAAUGUCUGUAAAUAAGUACAAUUUUAUUCUCAACUGUUCGUGAGAAGGUCAAUAUUAUAUAUGUAUUUAAUGAUGAUAAAAGUCAUAAUUUAUUUUCUGUUCUUAGUUGUGUAUUUUGAAAAUAAGAUGACUCGGUAGAUUCUACUAGCUCAUGGAGAAAUAAAUGAAUGAAGAUGA